AUGUUGACGUCUGUUUGUGUUCUCCGGCUGACGCUCGGCGUCCUGCUGCUGCAGCUGAUCGCCGCGCACCAAGUGUUUCUGGACGGCGACUCGGCGCGGCAGCUCCUGAGCCGCCGGAGACGAGCCAACAGCUUCCUGGAGGAAAUGAAGCAGGGCAACAUGGAGCGGGAGUGCCGGGAGGAGCGCUGCGACUGGGAGGAGGCGCGGGAGAUCUUCGAGAACGAAGACAAAACGAAUGAAUUCUGGGCCAAAUACGUUGAUGGCGACGCCUGCCUGUCGGUGCCCUGCGCUCACAAUGGAGUGUGUAAAGACGGGAUCGGCAGCUACACGUGCUACUGCAAAGACGGGUACCAGGGCUUCAACUGUGAGAUCG